GUUUUAAGCAGGAGAUACAGGAGUAAAAUCAGGUGCACAUUCGAUAGAUUCUGAUUUUCGUCUAUUUUUUCGUUUAUUUUGACUCUAUUCUUGUGUUGAACGCGUCUACGGCUCAUCUUCAGAUUACUGUGAUUUAACAGACGAGUCUUUUUCUCCGGAAUGUUGACUAUUAUUGUGGCUUUACUGGUGAAUCUCUUCAUAGAGACUUCUGAGUCGUUCACUGUUGUGGUUCCUCGUGAUCAGACAGUGGCUCGUGUCGGGUCCACAGUCACUCUGCCCUGCUGGAUCUCUCCUCCUGAGAACGCUGAAGUUCUGGAGAUCCGCUGGUACCGUCAGGACCAGUUCAGCAACCCUGUUCUCGUCUAUCAGAAUGGGAAGAUCAUCCAGGAGGAAUCGUUCAGGAACCGAAGCUCACUGACUCUGUGGUCGGAUCAGUCUGGUGGACUGAAGAAUGGAGACGUCUCUCUGCGGCUGGAGAAACUCAGGAUUCAGGAUGAAGGUUCAUUUCACUGUUAUGUCAGUGGAGAAAGUGCGUUUGACAGUGGAGAGGUGGUUCUCAAAGUCACUGAUCCACCAGAUUCAUCAGAUCCAUGGAUGGCUCUUUUCAUCAUCGCCUUCAUCUGUGUUCUGGGCUUGAUUGGGUUUAUCCUGUACAAAUACAGACUUAAACUAACAGGGAAGAAAACCGUUAAAAAAGUUUGUGACGAUGAAACUAUGGAGAGUCUGACAAAAGUUCGUGAUGAUGAAUCUAUGGAGAGAGAGACAAAAGAAGAUGCGGGCAGUUCUUCAUGGUGUGCUGGGGCUGCUGCUCCACAUGUCCAUUCACAGCCAUCAGAGAGUGUGGGAGACACAAAUAUAGCAGAACUGAGGAAACAUGCAGGUCUGACCGUUUCUCCAGACGGUAAAACAGUGAGAGACGCUCCAGAUUAUAAACACACUGGAGAGGGAUUUCCAUAUGAAUUAUGUGCAGUCGGAGCUCAAAGAUAUAAAUCUGGCCGUCGCUAUUGGGAAGUAGAGUUGGCAUUAGAAGAUAAACCUCCUAAAAACUACUGGUUAAUUGGUGUGACGAAACAUGGAAACUUUCGUGUAAAAGACAGAUCUGCUGUAACUCCGUCAAACCGUUGCUGGUUCUUGUGUUCAGACGGUCCUAAUGGCUUUUACACCAGCUCUGAUCCACCAGUUUCUCUCUCACUGACGCCGAGACCCGAACGACUGGGAGUUCUGUUAGAUUAUGGUGAAGGUCAGCUGUCAUUUUACAAUGUCAAAGAGAGGAAACAUGUGCUGACCAUGAAGAUCAGAUUCCCUGAAUCAGUCAGUCCGCUGUUUAAUCCAGGGGUCGGAGAUCAGAGUUCACUUAUGAUUCUGGAUUGUCCAGAACCAGUAGAAACACCUGUAGAGUCCAGUGAACCUUUACUGGGGAACAGCUCAGACGCCUGACUGACCAAUCCUGUGUGUUCAGGCCGAAUGAAGCUUGUGCAGAUUCAGGGCCGUUACAUAGUCAACGCGAGCUACGCGAGCAAGCAACGCGAACGCGAGUGAC